AUGGGAUAUUUGCAGCGACAAGGUGACCACCACCUACCAAAAGCAAUACACCGACAUCCAUUCAUCAAGAAGAUCGUCAGGAACCACGUACGUGUGCUCGUCUACUACGGUGACACCGACAUGGCAUGCAACUUCAUAAUGGGACAACAGUUCGUCGAUCAGUUGGGACUCCGUAGAACAUUGAAGAAGACUCCAUGGAAGUUCGACAGACAAAUCGCUGGAUUCAAGACACUCUUCGAUGGGCUCAGCUUCAUUACUAUCCGCGGAGCCGGACAUAUGGCGCCACAAUGGAGAGCACCACAGAUGUAA